AUGACAGGAGAGAGACAGACAGAGGCAGUCAGUAAGCGAUCGAAUGUUGUGUCAGAGAGAUGUGGGGGGCCGCCUUGUCUGCGUCUCGUAGACGGGCGGACUCUGAGUGUCUGCGUCUCUGAUGACUCAUCACACAUUGAUGGAUCUAUCGGUUACCAUUUCUUCUCCUUAGAUUGCCUCUCACUCUCUCUCACUCUCUCCACUGCUGCUGUUGUGGCUACAGCUACGUCGUCGUCGUCAUCGCCGAAGGCCUUUGGGGUGUCGGUUUCUCUGUUUCUCUGGAGCCUUUUGGUUGCUUGGUAUGUGGUUGGCGUGUUGCUAGUUACUGGAGGAAUGGACAGAGAGAAAAUAUAUGUAUGGCAGUUCUUUCACAGAUUGCCAACGAAGCGGAAAAUUGAGAAUUCCUUUGCUUUUUCUUCGUUCUUUUUUUGCUUCCUGAAGCCUAUGAUUAUAGGCUUUUGGACACUCUCAUUCUGAAAUAUUUGAACGAGAUUCCUACCGUUUUUUGAUUUAUUUUCCGCCGAUCCGAUGGAUUUUUUUUUUGCAUCACGAGUGUUAGACGGUUAUUUUUUAACAGUGUUUUUCGAAAAAAAAAAUUCAAACGUUA